CUCACGCCUACUGCGGGGCCUCAGCCUUCGGGUUUCCACAGGGAGCCAACGUCCGUGCCAGGCGCGGGGAUCCGUCCAGCCGUGGUCAGGUGAUUUAUUUAGCAUAAAAACCUUCUUUGAAGGAUGGCAGAAGUGGUUUUGAUUGAUCUCUUUGGUUUGAAGUUGAACUCUGAAAACAACUGCCAUCAGGCAUUACUGAAGACAUUGAAUGCUGUCCAAUACCACCAUGCUACUAAGGCUAAGUUCCUUUGUGUAAUGUGGUGCAGUAACAUCAGCUGUGAAAGGGAUGGUAAACAUGAUAAUUAUGAAUUAGAAACAAGCAAUGGAUUAUCAGCUGUCUUGGGAGAAUUUGAGACUGUUAGCAAUCCCAGCAUGGCUGCCUCUUUGUACACCAUUAAACAAAAAAUAGAUGAAAAAAAUCUGAGCAGCAUUAAGGUAAUUGUACCUAGGCACAGGAAAACAUUAAUGAAAGCUUUUAUUGAUCAACUCUUCACUGAUGUUUAUAGUUUUGAAUUUGAAGAUUUACAAGUGACUUUGAGGGGAGACCUUUUGAAACAAUCCACUGAAAUAAACAUAAUCACAGCUCAAGAACUGAAAGAAAUCCAGAAUGAAAUAGAAACAUAUUUGAGAAGUCUGCCAGCACUGAAAGGAGAAUUAACUAUUAUCACUUCUCCUUUGAUCCCAGAUAUUUUCAUACAUGGAUUUACUACAAGAACAGGUGGGAUAUCUUAUAUACCAACUCUUAGCUCAUUCAAUCUCUUCAGUAGUUCCAAACGGAGAGAUCCCAAGGCAGUUGUUCAAGAAAAUCUGCGUAGGUUGGCGAACGCUGCGGGAUUUAAUAUUGAGAAAUUUUACCGAAUAAAGACUGAUCAUGCCAAUGACGUCUGGAUUAUGGGAAGGAAGGAGCCUGAAUCUUAUGAUGGAAUAACCACAAAUCAGAGAGGAGUCACAAUAGCAGCUCUUGGUGCUGACUGUAUACCAAUAGUUUUUGCAGAUCCUGUCAAAAAAGCAUGUGGGGUUGCUCACUCUGGUUGGAAAGGUACUUUGUUAGGUGUUGCUAUGGCUACAGUGAAUGCUAUGAUAGCAGAAUAUGGCUGCAGUUUGGAGGACAUUGUUGUUAUACUUGGACCAUCAGUAGGACCUUGCUGUUUUACUCUUCCAAAGGAAUCAGCAAAGGUAUUUCAUAAUCUUCAUCCUGCAUGUGUACGACUAUUUGACUCACCAGAUCCCUAUGUUGACAUCCGUAAAGCCACCAGGAUUCUUCUAGAACGGGGAGGAAUUCUUCCACAGAAUAUUCAGGACCAGAACCAAGAUCUCAACCUCUGUACAUCCUGCCAUCCUGACAAGUUUUUUUCUCAUGUCCGAGAUGGCCUUAAUUUUGGUACACAGAUUGGCUUCAUAUCGAUUAAAGAAUGAGAUGCUUGACUGGAUUCUUGCAUAAAUAUUUCCUGCCUCCUUCCAAACUGACUGCAAAAGAGAAAUUUAGCUGUUUGAUUUAUUUAAAACCAAAAGGAUUAAAAUGGAUAAUUUACCUGUAGGUUAUAUUUUUAUUAUUAUCUAAAGACAAAUGAUUUUCAUUUAAUUCUAACAAUAACUGACAAAAAAUCAGUAUGAUAUAGUUUUAUAAUAUAUGUUUUAUAGAUGAAGAUUAUUCUUAAGAUUUGUUCUACCUAUUUAUUACAUAAUCAAGAAUAGGUUUGUUCAGUUCAGUAUUUAUUGACUAUUCUCUAUUUGUCAGGCUGUGUUAAGCAUAGGUGAAUCAAAACGAAUGACUUUUCCCCUUUGAGUCUAAUGUAGUGGAAGGGAUAAACACUUCUACAACUUUAACUUUAAUAGCAGUAUAAGAGUACAGAAGGAGUAGUGGUUAAUUUUGCCCAGAAGGCAGAGUAGAGAAGUUAUUACACAGAAAAUCCGCUAUCACAUAGGUCCAAAAGAUGUAUAGACUUUUGACAAAUGAGAGACAACCAUAACAGGUAGAGAGAAUACCAUGAACCAGGGCAUGAAACUGAAAGUACAUAACAUGUUAUAUAUAGAGAAAGGUGUAGGCAGGUGUUAGGACUGGAAAAACAGGUUGGAAACAGAUUAGUAAGGGUCUUAAAUGCUAUGUCAAAGAGUUUGGAGUUUAUUUUCCAGGUGAUGACUAGGCAUCAAAAAAAAAAAAAAUUAGGGAGUGUGUUCAUUUCCUUGGCAUUGUAUUUAACCAGAUGAAUUCAAAUCGUGUGAAACCAAAGCAGAAGACUAGAUAAGAGAUGAUCAAAAUAUUUCAAAAAAGAAAUAAUGAAAAUCCAAUGAAGGCAGAGGAAAUUAAAAUGGAGAAGAAAGUAAAUGGAUUAGAGAGACAUUUCGGAAUUAGAAUCAAUAAUCCUAUUUACUAGAUAAUGGAUGUAAAAGGUAAGGAAGAGUGGAGAAGUCAUUGAUGACUGCUUUCUGCUUGGCUAACUACCAAGAAUGGCAAUUAAGGGAGGGGGGCAGUUUGGGACAAGGAAGGAUAGUCAGUCCCGCUUAACACAGAAUGAAGUGCGUUCAGAUGGAAAUAUUUGGUCAACCAUUAGAAAUACAGACCUAGAACUUAGGAGGGAGCCUGACACAAAGUCACACAUUUGAAAGUUGGCUAUGCAGAGUUAAUGCUUGAUUCUACUGUAGCAGGUUGGAUAAUCUAGGCAGAAAUUAGGGUGAGAGAAAAGGAGGUCCAAGGAUGAAACCUCAUAUAACACCUGCAUUUGAAGAAUAAGAAACUAAACAAGUAAGUCAAUUGAAGUAAGAAAAAAAAAUAGGGUAUGGUCGUUUAGUGGAAGUCAGUGUAGGUGUGGGAAGUACUCAAAAAGAAAUGUACAGGG